AUGGCGCCGGGUCUACCGUACUUCGGGCCCAUCAGCAUGGCCGACUCGCGCUACGCUUCUCCUAUGCGCAGGAAGCAGGUUGAGGCCCUGCUGGCUUCAAAUCCUGCGCUCCAGGCGAAGAAAGAGACCGACAACGUCCUUGCGAUUCGGGAGCAGAUAGCGGCCGGUAGCGCUGCUGUCCCUUUCCAGAGCACCGGCGUUCAGCUUGCUCAGGCGCAGGGCCAGGCGCUUGAGCAGGAGAUUGCGCAGCACAGGCUUGUUAUCGAUCAGACAAUCCUGAACAUGAUUACCGAUGCUAUUAAGCAAGAUCGCCCCGACACGGCCGACGCGUCUCUCAAGGUUGUGGCAAACCUCCAGCAGGAAUUACAGAAGCUCGUUGAAGCUACGCGACGGGCCCAAGGCGCGCUUCCGUACUUUCUCGAGAGGCAGAAAGAGAACUCUAGUCUCCUCGCUAGCACCAAGAUCCAGGAAGCGCACCGUGAUAUACAGCAAGAGCUGGCCCUGAAGGACAAGAAGAUCCUGCUGGGGCAAGAGCUCCACCUCGAGCAGCAACAAGCCUACAAGGACGUGGAGGCCAACGCGAACAACAGGACCACGGAGUUGCAGGAACGCCUCACGCGCAUACACAUGGAGCAUGGCUUGUUAAAGACUGAGCUCGAGGGGACGAAUGCUCAGCUCAAGAAGGCUCAGGCAACUGAGAAUGAUGCUGUCAAGGCACGCGAGGAGCUGGAAGAGAAGUUGUCCAUGUUGAAGGAAUCCAAGGACAGUCUCUCUGCGAAGAAUGCAAACAUCCGCGGUACAAUCAAAGACCUAGAGAACAAGCUUCAAGCUGCCGAAAAGAAGGCCACAGAGCAUUACGAGAAGGAGUUGCGAAGCUUGACCGACCAGCUGCAGAAAGAGCACCAGAAAGCCACGUCAUUGGAAGCUAAUCUCAAGAUGCUCCGUCAGGCCGACGAGACAUCUAGGAGAGAGGUUGAGAAGGCGAAGGCCGAGUCGAAGCUGCUAUCCGAGAAAUACAAUGACCAGAGCAGAGAAUACGCAAAGGUGGCGGAUGACUUCAAAGAGCAGAUGAAGAAAGCGAACAGGCUUGAUGGCGAAGUUCGUGAUCUGCGCCAACAGAAGUCUGAAAUUGAGAAGGAGCGCAAUCGCGUUACUUUCCUCAAGGACAGCCUCCAGAAGCAGCAUGCUGCGCUCAAGGCUGAGCAUGGUGAGUCUCCCCAGGCCACAAUCUUCUCAUACUUCUUGCCAUUAACCGAUCUAGACGACUUAAAGCAGAAGGACGCACUCGUCAAGGAGGAAGCUCAGCAGCUUUCUGCAAAGCUUAAGCGGGCCGAAAACGAAAACGAUCACUUGGAGACAAAGAAUAACAACCUUCUCGCUAAACAGUUGGAGAAUGACAGCGCUGCCGCUGCGCUCAAGAAGGCUGAUACCGAGAUUGCUACACUCCGCGCAACUGUAGAGAGCCUGCGGAGCAAGCCUACUGCCGCCAACGACUCGGCUGAUGCGGUGGCUCUCAGGAAGGAGCUCGAGCAACUGAGCGGAAAGUACACCAAGUCGGAGUCGGACCUGGUCGAGUGGGAAGAACUUGGUCGUAGAGCCAUGCUCCGGUAUCGUGAGAUCGCAUCGAAGUACCAGCAACUCGAAGGAGUCGAGACGCAGCUCAAGCAGGUCCUGGCGCAAAAUGAGCAGGUCCAGGCCCAGAACAAGCAGGUCCUGGCGCAGAACGAGCAGCUCAAGGUCAAAGCUACCAGCGGCAGCAAUAGCGAUGCCAAGUACUGGCGCGACAAAUACAAUGAGUUGCUUAAGGCGGUGGAGGGUUAA